CGGCGCAGUGCAUGCGCACUCGAGUUCCGGCGCAUGCUCCCCAGCGGGCGGGCCCCGGCUGAGGGGAGUGAGUCUCCGCGGUCGCCUUCCUCUCAGGAGCCAGCCUUGAGCGGCGGCGAGACCCCAGGUUGCAAGUAAAAGUUCACUCAACACUGUAGUCGUUUGUAAAGAGCCAGUCGGGUGCACGGGGGCCGGGCGCCCCGCGGGGAGCCGGCGGCCGCUUCUCGGCGACCGGGAGGAGCGGGGCUCCGGGCAGUGCCGUGGCCGCGAGGAGCCUAGCGCCGGAGGAAGAUUUGAGAGAGAAGAUCUGGUCACCUGGAAUUAGAGUUGGUACAGAAAACAUUUCUACUUCAAAAAUGUUGGAGGAAGAUAUAGAAGUGGCCAUCAAGAUGGUGGUUGUAGGGAAUGGAGCAGUUGGAAAGUCAAGUAUGAUUCAGCGAUAUUGCAAAGGCAUUUUCACAAAAGACUACAAGAAAACCAUUGGAGUUGAUUUCUUGGAACGACAGAUCCAAGUUAAUGAUGAAGAUGUCAGGCUAAUGUUAUGGGACACUGCAGGCCAAGAGGAAUUUGAUGCAAUAACAAAGGCCUACUAUCGAGGAGCCCAGGCUUGUGUGCUUGUAUAUUCUACUACAGACAGGGAAUCUUUUGAAGCAAUUUCCAGCUGGAGAGAAAAGGUAGUAGCUGAAGUUGGAGAUAUACCGACUGUGCUUGUUCAGAACAAGAUUGAUCUCUUGGAUGAUUCUUGUAUAAAAAAUGAGGAAGCUGAGGCACUGGCCAAAAGGUUAAAGUUAAGAUUCUACAGAACAUCAGUGAAAGAAGAUCUAAAUGUGAAUGAAGUUUUUAAAUAUUUGGCUGAAAAAUAUCUACAAAAACUCAAACAACAAAUAGCAGAAGAUCCAGAACCAACACAUUCAAGUAGUAACAAAAUUGGUGUCUUUAAUACGUCGGGUGGAAGUCACUUGGGUCAGAAUUCAAGUACCCUUAAUGGUGGAGACGUCAUCAAUCUUAGACCUAACAAACAAAGGACCAAGAGAAACAGAAAUCCUUUUAGCAGCUGUAGCAUACCCUAAAGUGUUUUAGGGAGGAAAAAAAGCUGAGUUACAUUGUGCAGUUCUCUAAGAAACACAUCCAGCUAUCACGGUAUGUUACAAGUGUUUUAGCAGACUUUGCACUUAAUAUUAGGCUCUUUGAAAGCUGACAGAUUCAAAUGAUGCUCUGUAACGCUUCUCAGAAUGUAGAGUGAGACCUCUGGUGGAAAAAUUACUGCCCUGUGGACUCUUGUUAGAUUGUUACAUUAGAUGAAGCUUCUCCUGUUUUUGAAGAAACACUGUAAGAAAUGUCGAAAAACAGGUUUUGCCUAAUUUUUAACGCUAAAAACAAAAAUGAAAUGCCUAAAUAUAAUGGUACAGAUUUUGCUAUUAUAGACCAAGGAAAGCAAGCUUUCUUUUUCUGAAAUUAGUCACCUAGUUUUUCUGGAAAGUAGUGUUCAAUCUGAAUACUUAAAAAAAAAAUACUGGAAAGAUAAACUCUCAGUUUUGCCAGACUGCACUACUGUAUGUAUUGGCAGUGUUACUUGUGCAAUAUCUGUAAGAAUGUGGACGUCUGCAUGCAGAUACUUGGUUUUAGCAAACUGAAGGUAUGUGUGGUAUUUAAGGAUAUGUAGAUUCUAAUUCACUCAUAAAAUCAUUUUACAUCGCGUUUCUCUUCUCAAAUGAGAAAUUCCAGACAUUUUGCAAAAUGAGCUUGGACUUAAAAUGUGCUAUGUGCCCAAAAUACCACACCUAAUUUUUACACUGCUUUCCCACCAGAAUUUACAUUGUUUAUAGUACCUUUUAAAAGCAGUUUUUUCUCUAACAGCAUAGGUAAAAGAGGAAUAUGGAUGUUUUAGUGCUGAAGCUUCUCCCUAGUGAGAGUUCUUGCAGAGUCUUUGUGUGGCCACUGUAAGCAUGGUGAGCUUGUGCUGUCUUAGAGUCAGCCACAUCCCAAGGUGCACGCAGCAUGUUUGCAGCCACCCAGGAGGCCUAUGAAGUGUGUCUGCACAUCUCACUCCUUUUGCUGCUGACCGAGAACCCAACUUUGAACUUCUGAGAUUACAGUAACCAGUUUUUUAAAUGUACCAAAGAUUAUCUUUGGUCCUAAUCCAAGUAAUGGAUUUUAUAAUGCUUUGCAACUCUAAAGCAUCCUUCUGUUUAUACAUUUUUGUAUCAUAUUUUAAGAUUACUGCUUAAACAUUUCUGUGGCCUUUGGUUUAUAUAGCACUUUAUCAAGAGCUCUGUCAGUACCAUGUACAAACAUUUUUUUAAAGAAAUGACCUAAAAUGUAAGUAAUGUUUGUAAAUUUUGUGAGUUGGGACAGUAGGUUUUCAGAGAGACAUAAUUUCAUGAACUCUGUUAAAACUGAUUAUCCAUCAGUGGUUUUAUUUUUAAGGUCUAAAUAACCAUUUUCAACAUUCGUGGUUUUCACUGGACUUCAAAAUAUAUAUAAUUCUUGAGAAAUGUGCUAUGACUUCAUUUUCCAUUAUUCUUACUACAAUAUAAAAAUGCUCCAUGUACUUCUCUUGUACUUUUUUAAGCUUUCCCUUUGUACCGUCUUCAUUUUCUUGUCCAGAUUUAUGUUAGGAAUGUAGAACUCACUGCGUAUGUCUUUGUUAUAUAGUCAAGAGUGAAUGUUUUCUUUUCACAAUAUUGACAUAGUCUGGUAUUGUCUAUCACAACGUAAUAUAAAAUGUUUGUUUUUACAUAAUCAGUUGUUACCAGUCCCAUUGCUGGCAGUGGGAUGAGAGCUGGGAAAAAACUUAACUCCUAACCAAGGAUAAUUAGCAGUGGACACCUGCUGUGAUUCAUCUUUUCUACUCUCUUGAAAUACAAGCCCUUUAAUUUUUGCACAAAGUCUAUUUUGUGGCAGAUAAUCUUAAUGGUCUUUUUUUUAAUUAGCAGAAAAGUCAUUCAUUUUAUAACAGUUUUUUUUUAUAUUCACUAAAUGUUGAUAAAGAAAUAUAUAAUCUCUAAUGAUGGUUGUAGUUCCCUUAAUAUUUGUAGUAUAAUUUUAUGUUCUUGAUUUUAUCCUUUUUUUUUAUAAGAACUGGUCUUUGUUACACAUUUAAAUUUUUACUUUGCAUUUCUAUAUUUUACACCUAACCAUAAAUAUAGGUUAGUCUGAAAAUAAGCCACAAGUAAUACUAAAUAAUUUAUUAAUUUAAUCAGUUCUAAAACUUUCAAAGGUCACAUUUUUUUCUUUUGUGAUCUUUUUUUUUGGGGGGGAGGGGUCUUUUUGAGACAGGGUCUCCCUGUAGCCCCAGCUGUCCUGGAACUCACUAUGUAGACCAGGCUGGCCUUUAACUCACAGAGAUCCACCUGCCUCUGCUUCCCAAGUGCUGGGAUUAAAGGCGUGCGCCACCACGCCCGGCCUUAUCUUUAAUUCUUUAAGAACUUAAAUAUGAAAUUCUAGUGAAACCAUGAAUGAUGCUAAAGAGAACUCCAGAUUAGCGUAUGAUUGUGUUUAAUUUACUUUUUUGCAUUGCCACCAUUUUUUAGUAUACUGACAUGUAACUGUGAAAUAAUUGCCAUAUUUCAUAGUUCCUUAGACUGUCUUUUCCUUUUUCAGUAUCUGCCUUUGAAUUAGACAGUAUAUGAAAUGCCCAUUAUAACACAGUGUAGAUAAAAGUGGGUUAAAGAGUUUCCUUUUGAUCUGCUCAAUGUUAAUAGCACACAUGUCAUUUUUCAAAUUAAAGCUAACACUACCAAAAAAGAGGACAAAUGACUUUCUUCACUGUGGAGUGAAUUAAAUGGUUACUUCAGAGUUGUCAAGGCAGUGCUUAGAACUCAGUGACAUGUACCCCACUGUGCCUGUGACUUAGGGGCCUUUUCUGAAGGCCUCAGAAUGAGGAGUUGGCCUUAGAAGCUGGUGUCUCAGAAUGUUGUACUCUUUUAAUAUAAGAUGUUGUUAGUUAUAAGAACCCUUUUCAAAACCUUUGGAAUGUUUCAGGUAGCCUGCUGAAGUGCUCUCUGAAACAGAUCAUAGUGUGUCCCUCUGAAAUACAUGAACCAGCAGGGUGAGAGCUUUCUUGGCACUGUAGCCAUCUGAUGAACAGGUGGCUUCAUGAACUUUAACAAUUACUGUGUUUCACAUAUAAAACGUAUAGAUCUAUCAUACAAGUGAGUUUAUUUGCAGACAGCUAAAUAAAACCACAAUGGACUCUGAAAUACCCAGUCACCCAGCUCCCAGGUAACUGAUUUGGCUACAAGACUCUGUUACUGCUCCUUUCCUGUUACUCCUUGAAAUAUCUAUAGUAGGAUAUUGAUAAAUGGUAUUUUACAAAUAAAAACUUUGGAUUAAAUAAAAACUUAACCCCUUCUAUAUUUUUGUUAAUAAUAAAUGCUUUUGUAAAUUUGAAUGGAAAACUACUUGUAUGUAUUCAUAUUGAGUGAUACUUAUGCCCUUGGGUUUAAUUUAAAAUAUACACUUGACUAAAAUUUCAACAAAGAUGAAUUCUAAUAAUCAAAAAAUAAAUGUAUUUCAGAACUAGAA